GCAUUUCAAGUUUUUCGUUUUCGAUUUUCAGUCGGUGGGGACCUCCAAACAUCCUGUUCCGAAACUCAGAUCCUGGAAAUUUCCAAUUUUCCUUAAAGUUCUUCCUUAGAAAAUAAUGAUGAAGCAUUCUUUAUGUCUUGCAAAAUGAUACCUUAAAACUUUUUCUUCAAGCAAAUUUUGAUGGCUCUGUAUUGCUCCUUGAUGCUUCUGUGCUGGACACAACUAAUCUCGGAUCUCCAUGGCUUUGAACGUCUAUAUUAGUGUUUUAGCUUUGUUGUGGUUGUGACUGUGGGAGAUCCUGCUUAAUCCAUCAAGCACAUUACAUCUUCUUUUCUUAAGCAUAUCAACUCGGAGACAAUUUUCCUGAUAAAAUGACGGCAGAAGUUGCAAUUUUACUGCAUUUGGUCCUUGGAGUUCUCGCUUGUUUAAGUGUUCCUCUGGUCAAAGCAGAGGACCCUUACAAAUAUUAUACAUGGACUGUAACCUAUGGAAAAAUUUCUCCUCUUGGUGUCCCUCAACAGGUUAUUCUUAUCAAUGGCCAAUUUCCUGGUCCUAGACUUGACGUUGUGACCAAUGACAACAUUGUUCUUAACCUCAUUAACAAGCUGGACCAGCCUUUUCUCUUGACAUGGAAUGGCAUUAAACAAAGGAAGAACUCAUGGCAAGAUGGAGUACUGGGAACCAAUUGCCCAAUUCUACCAAAUUCAAACUACACAUACAAGUUUCAAACAAAGGAUCAGAUUGGAAGCUUCACCUACUUUCCAUCCACUUCGCUGCACAAAGCCGCUGGUGGGUAUGGAGGUCUGAAUGUGUAUCAGAGACCAGGGAUACCAAUCCCAUUUCCUAAACCUGAUGGUGAUUUCACACUACUGAUUGGUGAUUGGUACAAAACCAACCACAAGACUUUACAACAAUAUUUGGAUUCCGGGAAACCUCUUCCUUUCCCUGACGGUCUUCUAAUAAAUGGCCAGGCGCAUACUUCUUUUAGUGGAGAUCAAGGUAAAACCUACAUGUUCAGAAUCUCAAAUGUGGGCUUGUCAUCCUCAAUCAACUUUAGGAUCCAGGGCCAUACACUUAAGCUGGUCGAAGUUGAAGGUUCCCACACCAUUCAGAUUAUCUAUGAUUCUCUGGAUGUACAUGUGGGCCAAUCUGUGGCUGUCCUUGUCACACUAAAUCAAUCUCCCAAAGAUUACUAUAUUGUUGCAUCCACACGAUUCACAAGUACUGUUCUCACAACAACUGCAGUGCUACACUAUACCAAUUCUCACACCCCAGUUUCUGGUCAAUUGCCUUCUGGUCCUUCUUAUCAAAUAGAUUGGUCAAUGCAGCAGGCCAGAACCUUCAGAUGGAACUUGACAGCAAGCGCGGCUAGGCCCAAUCCUCAAGGUUCAUUCCAUUAUGGGCAGAUAAAACCAUCAAGGACAAUUGUCUUGGCCAACUCAGCCCCACAGAUAAAUGGGAAGCAACGCUAUGCUGUUAAUAGGGUCUCUUACAUUAACUCAGAUACCCCGCUCAAACUUGCCGAUUAUUUCAAUAUCCCUGGGGUCUUUAGUCUGAAUUCCAUUCAAACAGCGCCUAGUGGAGGUCCUGCAUUACUUGCUACAGCUGUUAUGCCAGCUUCUCUCCAUGAGUUUAUUGAAGUUGUCUUCCAAAAUAAUGAGAACACCAUCCAAUCUUGGCACCUAGAUGGUUAUGAUUUCUGGGUUGUUGGGUAUGGUGAAUGCAGAUAUGGUCACGGGCAGUGGACACCGGCCAGUAGGAAUGGCUAUAAUCUAAUUGAUACACUCACUAGACAUACUGCUCAGGUGUAUCCAAAUUCAUGGACCACCAUUUGGGUCUCCUUGGACAACCAAGGUAUGUGGAAUUUGCGGUCUGCAAUAUGGGAGAGGCAGUAUUUGGGGCAGCAAUUCUAUCUCAGGGUCUGGAACCAAGACAAAACCCCAGCCAAUGAAUAUGACAUUCCACCAAAUGCCCUCCUCUGUGGCAAAGCUAAGGGACAACGUGCUUAGGAUAAUUGACGAUUUGUGCAAUCUUCUAUAUUUAUGUAACCUUUUAAUUUUCAGUCAUAAGGGUAUGACUGCUAGGAGAAGAGAAAAAAUGUAGUGCAAGGAAAGCAUUUUGAAAUGUAAACCUGAGUCCAAAUUUCUUACAGGAGCAGUAAGUCAUAUUUCAAACUUCACUAUUGCUUCA